AUGCGCAUAUUUUUUUGCGUGCAGCAGCCGUUCUGUGAGGAGCUGAAAUGUGGGUGAUGAUGAUGAUGCUCGUCUCUGAACACCUACACAGCAGCCAUGAAGAAGAACAAGAGCAUAUCGAACUGGAUGAGCUCUGCUCUGAAAAAGCCUCCGCUCUCUACUACCGCUAGCGGCUUUUCCCACGGAGAGGUGAGCAGAGGAGGAGGUGAUUUUACCAGCAAGAGAACGACCGGGCGGCAGGAGAAGCGGAGUGCAGCUCAGAAUACAGAUACAGCCACAGGUUUCUCGGUGGAGGAUUCAGACAUGCCGUGGUGUCAAAAACACUCACCAGUCUCAGUGAGUGAUCUUGCAGUCCACAAGAAGAAGGUUGCAGAAGUCCAGCAAUGGCUAGAGUUUGCGCUAUCCACGCCUCAUCGGACAGCUGGUCAGCUGAUGCUACUGCUGGUAGGUCCUCCCGGAUGCGGGAAGACGACAACGGUAAACACUCUGGCUCGGGAUAUGGGCUGCACCAUCCUCGAAUGGGCCAACCCAGUCACUGAUGUUGAACCCCAGCCAGGAGACCUUGUCGUGUACUCAGAGUCUCAAACGAGACUGUUUCACAGUUUCCUGGUCAGAGCAAAUCGCUACCCCACCCUGCAGUUGGGCGUGGCUACCAGUGGGUGUGGUCCUGGGAAGAAGAUUGUCAUUGUGGAAGUCCCUGGGUCCCUCCCUCCACCAUCCUCUGGUGUUCAUAGUCAGCGACAGUCACCAGAGAGACUCUUCCGCUCACAGCCUCUUCUCAAAGUCACACAACCCUCUCGACAACGUCCAUACCAUAAGUUUCAACCCAGUGGCCCACACAGCUCUAGUCAAGACCCUGCAGAGAAUAGCCGACUCAGAGUGCACCAAAACCUCAUCAUCGACAGGAGCAGCAGCAGCACGGGACAGAAGAGGGCUGCAGAGGUACCAGCUCCCUCCUCGAGAGGUCAUUGAGCGACUGGCGGAGAGCUCAGUUGGGGACAUCAGGAGUGCUAUCAACGCUCUUCAGUUCACCUGUCGCACUGGUGAGGGAGGAGUGGAGGUGUUGAAAGGUCAGAAGUCAGGAAGACUCAAACGGACCAAAUCUGGCUCCUCCUCCAGUACCACCAAGAUGAGGAGACACACCUCCUCCGGUCCGCUCCUUUUUAACCCUUUGUGUGCCGUGAAUUACCAUAUAGUGGGUUCAUUUUGCUCAUUUUGAUUUCCAUUUAGGAAAAUAGAAGUACGUUCUCAUGUGCCGCAUGCACAACCUUCUCCAAACCUUUGAAAAAGACACCUCUUGUCCGCAGUUUUUUAUACUGCGCUAUUUUUUGGAUUUCCAAAAUAUGAGUUUCGUUCCACACAAACCAUUUGUACUUCAAGUAUAAUUUUCCCGUACCAAAGAGCCUGCUUUUUAUGGCUCAGCGUUAUGGUUUAGUCUGUGUUCUAUUGGCUUAUGAAAAUAAAACUGUGUGCAGCUUUGUACUACACAUGAACUGCAAUACAGUAUCUAGUCGUGUAUACUCUGUAACUGUGGUAAUGAGCCCAUGACGCGGGUAUGUACUCUUCUUGACGACCAUGAGCAUAAGGUUGUUGAGUAUUCCUGGUCAGAUGGAGGUUCCCUGGCAGCCAUUGGCGGUCGGGACAACUCUAUCUUCCUGUUCCGAGCCCUCGGGAAGAUCCUCUACUGCAAGAGAGAGACCACCUCAGACAGAGAGGGGGGAGAGGGAGAAGGGGAGGGGGGCCCUCGUGGGUCUGCAGUAGCUCUGCCUCCUCACCUCCGCCAUCACCAGAGACCACGUCUUCUUGUGGACCCGGAGUGGGUUGUAGAACACAGUCACCUCAGUCCGGAGAUGUUCGUUCUCUAUCUACACCAGAACUACCUCCACAUGCACAGCGACAUUGACAACAUUGUUCGAGGGAGUGAGUAUCUCAGUGGAUCAGAUGUGAUGUCCACAUUCUGGACCGACUCUCAAUCAGCGCGAGCCUCACUCCUGGCAGCCUCCUGCAGUCUAGCUUGUCGAGGUCUCCUCCAUUCCUCUGAAUAUACUGCUGCUGAGGGAGGAGGGGGUGGAGGUGGAGGGAGCAACAAAUGGAGACCUCUACACAAGCCCCAGUGGAUCUCUGUUAACCGAACAUAUCGUGACAAAUGUCAAACAGCCAAGAGACUAUUCCUCCACCUGGGCCAGUCGCCACACGCUCACCUGUGGACUCCAGUGGAGCUACAGACUGAGAUAUUGCCUCAUCUGGCCCUCACCAACAUGCCCCUCAGAAACCCAGGUCUCUCCAUACAUACACCUUGUAUUGCGCAAGAGUAAUCACAGGAAUGCAGCUUGAAAUUUGCAACAAAAGUUCGCAAGGCAAAGGCAAACAACUGCACUUGACACGUAUGUACACAUAACACGCUGAGCUCCCAUUAGCAGUACAAGACCUUCUCUGCCAUGCCUGUUGUACCGCUCGUGUAUAGCCCAAAUGUUCUGUCCCUCUGUUUGUUAGUGCUAGUUCGGACUCAUACUACUAUAUAUGAAACAGAAGAUUUCACUAUUAUAGCUCAUUCUGAUCAUUUGAAGCCAGUAUAUAUAGUAGUGUUCUGGAUCAGUGAGGUCACUGGGGGUGAGAAGACGUUCGGUAGACCUGACCAGACAAUUGUGUUUGUUGUGACUGACGGACGUGGCAUCAUUACUUAACACUUCGCAAGAAUUACUUAAUCGUCCACCAUUUUUUCAAGUAUGUGCCCGUGCAGAUUGUACAGCACCACGUUUGCGACACUAAAAUUGAAUUACCUUUGGAGACUAAUUAUCUGGGUAGAGGUGUUUGUCACGUACAAGGUAAGGUGCAAAUGCCAGCGGCGUGUGACGCUAUGUAGGGUCUUGUGACUGAGAGUGCGUAGUUAAAGGAUCUGUAUCCAAAAUUUUGAAUUUACAAUCUGCAUCAAUUUGUUGUACGUAGUUGUAAUGCUGACCUGUUAUGUUUUUUUGCACUACCUUUUUAGACCAAGCAGCCUUGCUACAAUCUAUAACUCACUUUUCUCACAGCUACAUCAGGGGUUACCUGGAGAGGCUGGGAGAAAGAGAUGUAGACACUGUUCUCACUCAAGACAGCGGGUCUUCCUCUGUCGGACUUGGGCCAUCGCAGGAUGCUAGGGCCGGGUCUCUGUUCCGUUCCGUGUCGCAGGACGUGGGAAUGGGACCGGUGGACGGCCCGGAGGAGGAGGAGACCGUGAUAGAGGAUUUUGAGGACGAUGUAAUCUGGUAGUGUGGCACCAAACGUUCAUUCACUGUACGUAUAUGUUGCACAUCUUGUGACCCUAUUGUCUUUUUUCUCAUAUCAACACGUUGUAUGGCAGGUUCGUGGCCUCUAAAUCGACAUUUAGUAA